AUGGGAAAAAACAGGACUCGUUACAUCAUUUUUAUCACUCACUUGACGCUAUUGUUUAACCUGGCGCUGAGUAAGAACGAGUAUACCAAGUUAUUCGACAAAUGCGUCAGAGAGAAGAACGCCUUCGACUGUUUAAAACGAAAAGCUUUGGACAUUCUGGAUUCAGCGAUCAACGAUGAUACCGUGUACGUGUUGAACGAUUACGUCUCCAUUGGAAGGGAUCCUGCAGCGAUUGCCAGGAGCGAUAGGUCGUUCAAGGAUGAAAAUGGGACGGAGCUUACUCUGGAUCAAAAGCUGGAUAACAAGUUCUACGAGUAUAUUACUUCUAGGAACGUGAAGCUUACUAUUCCUGGAGAUGCGUUUCAAGGUCGAAAGAAGAAGGACAAAGGAUACGGUGCUCUCAUGAUGGGUGCUCUAGCAGUGGGAGCUAUGAUGGCGCAGUUAGCUUACGCUAAAAUCGCGUUCCUCGCUGGUACUGCCUUGCUUACUGCUAAAAUAGCGUUAGUUUUGAGUGCAAUUAUUGGAUUGAAGAAACUGGUGUCCAGUCAAGGAGGCGGAGGUCAUGAAGUGAUCUACGCCACAGGUGGCGAACAUCAUGGUGGUGGUUAUGGCGGAGGAGGAUACGGGGGUGGCUGGCAAAGAUCCGUCGACGGUGUUUCUCCUACUUGAAUCGAUUAAAUCCUGUGAAACUUAAUUUAUUUCAUGUACGAUACUUUGUUUAGGAUAAGCUAGUAUAACGGAUAGAGAUGUUUUUCGUUUGUAUAUAAAAUAAAUCUUGACGUUGUUGAUAGUUGUAUCUGAGUGAUAUUAAUUGAAGAAAUUAUUACGUGAAAUACGACUACGUAAUAUUUAUUAAGAGUUUAAGUGUACUUUUUAAUUUAGAUAUUCUUAAGUAACUUGCUAUUUGUUCAGAAUAGCUGGUGAAAUACUCUAUACCAAAAAUUAAUAAUAUUGUAUUUAUUUAAUUUAUCUUGUGUAUACGUCACCCAUAUAUUAUAUAAA